AUGCUGUACCAACUGCCCCCGAGUUCGAACAACUUAAACGGGGGCGGAAACAUGUGGGGCGGAGGACCCAACGGAAACGGGGGCUCCGGCAGCGGAGCCAUCGGGAGGAACUAUUCGGCGGACUUCACCGACUUUCAAAAUCGUGGUUCAGGUGCUACACAAGGCAUGCCAUCAGGAGCUAAUCGUUCGAUGCCUCAAGGUGGAAGCAUCAGUUCGAUGGGAAACAGGAACCAGAAUUCGAAUAGAAGCAAUCGGAUGCAGAACUGGUUCAAGGAAUACAGUGAAUAUGAACAAUGUUUUAAUGAGGGCAACGGCAGCGACCGCAACAGCCCCAAAGACCAAAACUACCCCAAACCAUUGUCGUCUCGCAGUGUCGGACAGGUUUUCUCUUUCGGACCAGAAAUGCCCUCCGACCAGAACGGCGACAGAAGGAACAGCAUAUCGGGGCCCCAGGACAGACCCAGUAUGAGAAACGGUCCCAAUAUGAUGGGACCCAGAGGUGUUCAGGAUGGGCCGAUGCAGAGAGGGAAUAGAGAUUUUAGAAAUAUGAGCAGCUCGGGAAUGGGCAGCUCUUCGAGGUCUGAUAUGAUGGAUCGAGGAGGAGAUUAUCAAUCUUAUUGGAAUGGUAGAGAUAACAUGAUAUCGCCUGGGUUGCCUCAGGAUGGUGCAUGGUCCAUGGAAGUGGAACAUUCUGUUAAACAUGGAUCGGGCAGUUCAAAUAACUCAGCAAGCAUUUCACCAAACAACAGCGGAUCACCAAACAGUCCAGGUAGCAACAGCCCCCAUUCCUCCCAAGACAAUUCCUCAAGCAGUCCAUCUCGCAAGCGCAGAAGGCUAGUCUCCACAAGAUCUCUUCGGAUAAGAGACGAUGGGCCUAGGGAAAAUGCGACACCUUCCAGUUCUUCAAUGAACAAUCCAUCUCAGGGGAGCUGGAAUGACCAGGGGCCACUCCUACAUCCUCCUCCGCUUGUUAGACAACGCCGAAGCCCUAGACAUCAUUUGUCUUCGAAUAAUAACAACCCGGUUGGUAAUAAUGGACUGAUUAAUGGACACCAGAAUGGUAAUGGUAAUGGACCUCCGCAUAUGCAGAGCAGUCCACCGCCUUUGAGAAGAGCCAGAUAUCGUGACCGCAACAGUUGGCCUGAAGGAAUUACACCUCUGUUCCAGACAACAGCUCCUUCGACACAUCAACCAUCUCUGGUAGUUGAUAUAAAUGUAUAA